CCACUGGUAGGGCUCGUUUCCCUUACAGCGAUCACCACAAAGGGGUGGUCACUGUUCAUGGCCUACCCGAUGGACUGCAAAUACUACGCUCUAUGGGGAGCACGGGGAAGGCAAAGAUGGCAGAACUCCUGGCAGUGAUUACGUAUUUAAAGUUUGUGUUAAACAUGGGUUGUUUAUGGCGUCACUGGUUUUGGUGGUCACCAACCAUUGGCUUCUUGGAGAAAUUGACACAGAAUAGUUUUUGUAUGGACAAAGCUUGUAAUUUUGGACAGCUAACUGCUACUUACAGUCCAUAUAUAGGAGUUUACAUGACUAAAGAGACAGAGAGACAAUAAACAAGAGCUGAGAUCAACUUGAUGAGCUGUCGUUGUCGUUGGUCUUUCGUUAUGACCUCUAGUAUGCCACAGGUACCGGUGAUGGAUGAUGAAGACACCCUCAGCAUAGAUGAAGAAGAAUCUCUACCAUUGACAAACACCAGUGAAGUUCAACCCAGUGGCAGUGCUACAGCCAUGCUCAAUUACCUUGCGGGAGGUGGGCUUGGAGUUGCUCCAGUUUUACCCUUGCCUAUGCCACGACCAGCAGUAUUUUCAAAGAAAUCUUCCAUUCGAGAUAACAAGGGCAGUGCGUUCAAGAAGUCGGUGAACCCAAGAGUCAGCAGGGAGGAGGAAUUGGGAGUUCGGAUGAAGAACACAAAAUCCAGGGUUGGCAUGAGAAAGAAGAAGUCAGCGAAACUGGAUGCAGACGAGCAAUUAAGCGAAGAUGUAGCCAAACUUGCAGCUUCGAACCAAGGUAUAGUCGAGAAGAUCUACAAGCACCGAAAAAAUAAGGGUGUUCUCGAAUAUCGAGUGAAGUGGGUUGGCUAUGACGGUCCACAAGAUGAUGCAUGGGAACCACUCCGCCACAUCACGAGUGAACACUCACAAGCCAUGCUGAGAGAUUAUCGGACUUCUUCAAGUGCCAAAUAAGCCAGUAUACAUGCAGACAUGACGAGUUGUUUAAUUAUGCGACAAUGUUACUGCACAAAAUCGCAUUUCAAAAUCAUUUGUGACAUGUACAUGUAAUAUUGUUUUCUGUAAAUA